AUGAGUCUUUGUAUUAAAGGAAUUGCUUCUGAAUUAGCUCAGGAGAACACUUCGAUGAUGCGAUCGCUUGAUCUUGUACAUGAAGGCUGGCAGAAUCCAUCGACUGUCAGCAAUAAUGAAUUGAUACCUGGUAGUCGGUUAAUCAAAAAAUACAAUGGAACCAUAGAAUUACUUCCUAAAACACCAGGAGAGAUUAUCGGAGAGCAAAUCGUAAGACCUGUCUUAGAUGCAACUCUCUCUGUUGCAAAAUCAACCUUGAACAUUUUAACGCAAGGUUUCAACUUGUUGGAUCGUGGAAUGAGUAAAAUGUUUCAAAUACUACCUGCAGCACAGGCUACUGAUGUAGGACAGAUUGCUUAUUUUGAAGGUAGCUGUCCAGAAGGAUGGAAAAAGUACGUCCAAGCUGAAGGUCGGUUUGUCAUUGCUGCUGGAUCAUUUCGUGGUCGAAGUUAUGACGGUAGAGUAGAAUCUGCAAGUUAUAGUACUGGUCAAAAAGGUGGAGAAAUUAAACAUAGAUCUACUAUCAAUGAAAUGCCUCAUCAUAAGCAUGAUUUUCGAGUUAACAAGAAUGGGGCUAUUGGCGAAGGUGUCUUACUAGGAAAUACACCUAAUGAGGGCCCUGGAUACUCUGGCGGUGGCUAUUAUCAUCUUGGAAUUAGCAGUGCUCGUAUGAGGUAUGCUGGAGGCAAUCGACCUCAUAACAACAUGCCUCCUUAUAUUGCUCUUCAAGCAUGCCAAAAAAUCAAGGAUAUUGAGCUAUCUGGAUAUGCUCAAUCUUCUGAUUUAACUACUACAGCUCAGCAAACUCAAUCCACUUUGGCUGUUUUGAAAAAGACUAUUGAAUCUCAUCAAAGGAGCUCUAAUGCUACUGUCCUUGCAGUUAGCUCUAGGGUUGCAAAACUGCAAAAAGAUCUUGAAAGCUGCAAGCGAAAUGUUACUUGGAUAACAGCCAAUCUAAAACAAGCUCAAAGCAAGGAUUCUCUGCAGACAGAAAUGAUCUCUUUCCGCGAUCGUUUUUCCCUCUUAGAUGAUCAAGUUAAAAGUAAUCGAAAAUUCUCUGAUACUUUAUUAUCGGUCAUUGAUCAAUUGAAAAGCGAAAUUGCUGCUUUAAAAAGAACAUCAGAAUAUGAAAGAAGAAGAAGAUGA